AUGACUAGCACGGACCACCACCCAGUGGCGGCGCCCCUCCGUCCGCCCCACAGGACGUCCUACUCGGCCGGGAAGUCCGUUACGAACGCGCUUUUUGGUAACCAUGCUGACGAUGAUUCGCCCGGAACCCUGCCCAGCGUGUACGCGGCGCGUCGAACUCUUUCGCAAGACACGUCCGCGUCGCUGCUUUGCUCUGUAGAUGCCGCGGCAGUAAAGCAGUAUGAGAACGUGGAGCGAGCCUCAGUUCCCGCAGUUCCGGCCAAGACUGUGAAUCUCUCCGCGACCGACUUGCUGCUGCUCCUCAGCCCGAGUGUCGCCAAUAACGCGAACCUCCACGCAUCCACGAACAAUCCGUACGGUUGUCGCGAGUGCCCCGGGAAGUUCCCCUCGUUAAACGCACUCAAUGAGCAUUUUCAGGAAGAGCAUCAGAAGGAGACCCACCUUUCUAAUUCCAACUCCCCUCUUAUCCAUGGCGCCGGAGCGCUAACGCCUCCUAGCGGGAUCUCAGAGCGUCUGGAUUCGGGAUCCCCGGUAAUAGAGUCUUCGGUAUCGAACAGUGGGCGCCCGAAACGCGGCACCGGACGGCGCGUUCUUAGCGGUCCGCUCGAGGCGCCUCGACGGCGCACGGGACGGCGCGUCGUGAGUGGGCCGCUGGAGCCGCGGAGAGUCACCGCGCGGAAAACCAGCGGUCAAGCGAGCCCGAUGAGUCAAACAAGUCAAGGCACGGGGGAAGCCGAGGCGUCGCCGCCCGCGGACUGGUCUUGCGGAACGCCGAACGGACGGAAGCGCACGCGGAUUCCGUCGGAGCCGAUUCAGGAGUCCGCGAUGAGCGGCGAGAGCUCCGAGACGAAAGAAACCGAAUGCUUCGCUGGUCCCGCGUCCUCCGCGGGUGGCGCCUCGCAAGAUCUAAGCUCGUCUUCCGCCGCUGCGACUGCUGCGACCGCUAGCAACAGGCGGCAAGCGAAGGGGACCGCCGCCGCAGCCUCUUCUACCACCCCCGAGCGUUCUCCCCCUUCCGCCUUAGCGAAGGAUGCGCCGCACGUUGCGCGAGGCAGCAAUUCGGAUCAGCAGCAGCUCGUGACUCUCUUUCAAGCGCUUACGCCGGGUGCGGAGGCUCCGCGCGGAGAGCUCGGCGGAGGAGCGGCGGGCGCGCGGCAGACAACGACGGCGGCGGCGGCGGCGGCGACGCAGCCGGGUUCAGGCGCGGCCAGCAGGAAUAUCUCCGUUCCCCCGCGUCACCCGCCGCCGCACUCGGGUCGAAAGAACGCGGGUGGCGCGGAUCGGAGCGGGGCUGGCGGAACGAUAGCAGCUGCAGCGACGGGUAGCACGCUGGGCGGCGCGAGUCCCGGGAACUCGGGUGGAUCUGGCUUGGGAGGGAGUGGCGCCGCGGAUGCAAUCGCGCGAAGGCGUCCCGGUGAAGAGGGCUUGGCGUUGACGGAAAGACGCGCGGCACCUGAGGUCCCUGCGGAAGUACCCUCGGAAGCGCUAGCUGCGGCCGUUAUUGCCGCGAUCGUGCCCGCAGAAGGUGUUUUGCCCAAGAGAACUAUUGCUUCUGGAACUUCAGCUCAAGGAGUUCCAGGCUCCAUGUCCGGAGCAGGCUCGGCGGACCGGUUUGGGGCUGGGCAGCAAGACGUUCUCAUGGGGGAGGGCGGUGCGGGGUUAGGAAAUCUCUUGGUUCAGGGUGCGCCGGGUGCUGCCAAGGCUGCUCGGGUUUCGGCAGCAGCAGCAGCAGCAGCAUCAACAGCAGCAACAGCAGGUGCUUAUGCAGCAGCAGCAACAGCAGCAGGUGCAGAUGCAGCAGGUACAACAGGUGCAGCAGGUCCCACAGCACCAAGUGCAGCAGGUGCAGCAGCAGCAGGUGCAGCAGCAAUCACCAGCUCCCAGGAGCCCUGUGGCAAGGCCAGCAGCACAGCAGCAACACGAGCUGCUGUUGCAGCAGCACCAGCAGCUGCAACAGGAACAAGUUCUUUUGCAGCUGCAGCAAUAUUUGCAGCAGCAACAGCAACAGCAACAGCAACAGCAGCAGCAGCAGCGGCAGCAACAGCAACAGCAGCAACAGCAACAGCAGCAACAACAGCAACAGCAGCAGCAGCAGCAGCAGCAGCAGCAGCAGCAGCAGCAGCAGCAGCAGCAGCAGCAGCAGCAGCAGCAGCAGCAGCAGCAGCAGCAGCAGCAGCAGCAGCAGCAGCAGCAGCAGCAGCAGCAGCAGCAGCAGCAGCAGCAGCAUCUGCACCAGCAGCACUUUCAGCAACAUUCACAGCAGCAGGAAGCGGGGCAGUUGCUGCAGCAGAAUUUCAUUCAAGCACCGGACAGCUACUAAAAGGGGCCUUCCGCGGGGUAAUAACGGAGGUAGCCCGGCAAACAACCGUUAUCCAGAAGCUCUCUGUCGCGUCACGUCUCUCUCUCGUGCUAUUCGCUGAGCUUGCCGGCGUCGUUUCGACUGUCCCGUGCGGCGCUUUCGCGCUCCUCUUGUACUCCUUCCUGCUCCUCGCUUCCCGCUCCCGCGUUUUCCUCCGCCGUUUCUGCCGAAUAUGGCGCCGCAUUUCCCGUCGAGUGGUUCCUCGUCGAUGCAGAAGCAUCAUUGUCGCGACGGUCGCGCGGAUCGCGGCGGGGUUGAAGCGUCUCAGCCGUGGUGAUAAGUGGCUGUAUGCUCCCCUUGCUGCCAGAUGCGCUGCUGAAGGGGCAAUUGCGGUUGUUAUUCAAUACACCCUCUACCCCGAGCUCUUGGCAGCGGGGCAGCAGGAGGAGGCAAGUGCGGCCCUCUCAUGGGUGUUUGACAACAUCCAUGCCUAUGGUGGCGACCCUGAUCGUGUCUUCCUGUGCGGCCACUCCUCUGGGUCGCACACAGUUGCCAUGCUGAUGUGGCGCCGCUUUAAGGAAGGCCUGCGGCGGGCAGCAGGGGCAGCAGGCAGGGCGGGGGGAGGUGAGGGGGGAGGGAGGCAAGGAGAGGGCAGGACGGUGGGAGGUUUCCCCGGGGGGCCCUCCGCGCCCACGGGCGCAUCCGCGGCGGCGCAACUGGCGCGCCAGGCGGACGCGGAGGAGCCUCUGCUAUUCGCGGAACGGAUAUCCGCGCAGGCGCAGGGCGGGUUGGUGGGGGAAGCGACGGGGGGAACCGACGGGCAUGUGGGGAGGGAAGGGGCGGAAGGGGGAGCUGAAGAGGGGAGUGCGGGGAGGGCGGAAGGAGCAAUGGUAGGGGAGGGGGAAGCAGGAAAGACAGCAGAGGGAGAAAGGGUAGGAGGAGGAGGAGGAGGAGGAGGAGGAGGAGGAGGAGGAGGAGGAGGAGGAGGAGGAGGAGGAGGAGGAGGAGGAGGAGGAGGAGGAGGAGGAGGAGGUGGAGGAGGAGGAGGAGGAGGAGGAGGAGGAGGAGGAGGAGGAGGAGGAGGAGGAGGAGGAGGAGGAGGAGGAGGAGGAGGAGGAGGAGCUGGAGGAGGAGGGGAGGAGAGAGGAGGAGGAGAGGAGGGAGGAGAGGGGAAAAGUGACAGGUUGUACCAGCGGUAUAAAGUCGCUGCAGCUUAUGGCUUCCUGGAGCUCUCUCUUCUGCAUCGCAAGCCGUCUCUGCAGCGGCAUCAGCCUGUGACAGCACUGCUGCAGCAGCAAAACGGCGAUUCUGCUGCUCCUGCUCCUGCUGCUGCUGCUGCUGCUGCUGACGCUGCUGCUGAAUCUGCUGCUGCUCUUGCUGCUGGCACAGCUGCCACCGCUGCUGCUGGUGCUGCUGACGCGGGAGAAGCGGAGCAGAAGGAGCAAGGGGAGCAGAAGGAGAAAGGGGAGCAGAGGGAGGAGAAAGGGGCGGCGGAAAGGGGAGGUGGUAGCGUGGCAGGGGCGCAGGUACCUGGGGGUGUGGUGGGCGGGGCAGGGGGAAAGGGAGGGAGCGGUGCAGAGGAGGGCAGAGAAAUGGGAGAGGGCGGAGAGAGAGGGAGAGAGGGGGGGGAAGGGGAGGGGGAGGGGGAUUUGAGGUCCCUAGACCUGCACUUUGUGCCCUCUGCUCCCCGCUCCAUCUUCCGUUUUGACUCGUACGAGUUCAGCUUUUUCGGGCCUACUGAUUCGGCAGGCUCGGGGGGCACUGUUGCCGGACCUGGCAGUCUGGUUCGGGGGCCUAGUGGUCUGGGACGGCAGCUGUCUAUCAGCUGUGCGGAGAGGUUGCCAGAAAAGGUGGGGGGAAGGGGCGCACUGGGGGGAGGGGCGGAGUUGGGGGAAGAAGGGGAAGCAGGGGAAGGUGCUAUUGCAGGGGGAACGGGAUUGGGGGAACAUGGGGCAGAGCAGGGGAAGGGAGGGCGAGAGGGUCUGGGAGAAGGCGGCUGGGGGACGGGGAAGGGCGGGAAUGGAGCGGAAGGGGGAGAGCUUGGUGGUGUUGGGGUCGCUGCUGGGCUUAGUGGGAGUGAAAUGGGCGGCAGUGGCAUGGGGAUGGGCGGCACUGGUGCUGCCUUGGCCCGCACUGGUGCUGGUGUGGGCGGCAGUGGGAGCAUAGGCGCAGCGUGGCGGCGAAUCAUGGGGAAUUCGAGCAAGGAAGGGGGGCUGUAUGAAGGUAGCAAGGCGAAUGGUGUGGGCAUAGGGAUGCCGGGAGCUCCGUCUGAGUCAACUCAUAAGUUAAGCCCUGUGCUGCAAGUAAGGGAGCUGGGAACAACAGCCGCCGCAGCAGCAGCAGCACCCGCAGCAGCAGCAGGAGUGAUGGGGGGAUUGGGCAUGGGCAUGGGGGAAAGGGCACUGGGUGCAGUGGGGCUGGGGGAACGAGGGGCAGUGGGCAUGGGGGAAGGGGUGGGGAGCGCCCUGGGGAUGGGGGAAGGGGUAGGAGGCGCACUGGGGAUGGGGGAAGGGGCAGGGGGCGCACUGGGGAUGGGGGAAGGAGAUAUGGGCGCGGCAUUGCUGCGGCUUGUGGGGGGGAGUCUGGGGGGAGCGGGAAUGGUGGAAGGAGGGGCGUUGGCAGCACUGCUGGCGAGUGUGUUGGGAGGCAGCAGUGGGGGGAAGCUUCCCUUGAGACUUUCUGGGAGUGCUGCUGCCAUGGGCCUCACUGGUAGUUCUGCUGCAGCUGCUGGCAGUGCUGCACUACUGGCGAGUGUGUUGGGAGGGAGCAGUGGGGGAACCUUUCCUUUGGGACUUUCUGGAACUGCAGCUGCCGGCAAUGCUGCCACGUGCUCUGCCGGGCUCAAUCCAGCCGUUGGUUCAAGUGCUGCUGGGUUCAAUCCAGCCGUUGAAUUGAGUGGUGCCGGGUUCAAUCCAGCCAUUGGAUCGAGAGCUGCAGGGUUCAAUCCAGCCGUUGGCCCACCGGCGACAGGUGGGUCUGCAGUGGCAGGAGCAUCAGGUGCUGCAGGUGUUGCACCUGUACCUGUACCAGCAACAGCAGCUGUUGGAGCAGCAGCAGCAGCAGCAGCAGCAGCAGCAGCAGCAGCAGCAGCAGCAGCAGCAGCAGGAAGAGCUGGAAUUGCGGCAGGUGGUGGCGGCGGCGGUGGUGGUGGUAGUCGUAACGUGGUAAAAGGGAGGUCUGGCGCAGGGAGAGGAGGGGGCUGGUCUGGGUCAGGUUUGGAGGAAGAUGGGGAGGAGAGCACAGGCGAUUCAGAGCGAGAGGAGGGGGAGGAGGAUGGUGGGGAGGAUUUGGGGCUGAGAGGGGUGGGGCGGCCGGGUCCCAGGAGGAAGAGUGGAGCGGUCACCAAGCCGUGUGCUGCCGCGCGGAAGCGGAGGGAUCGCAUAUCGCGGCACAUCCGCACGCUGCAGGGGCUGGUGCCCGCAACUACCAAGACUGAUGCCACCACUGUGCUGGCUCAGACUAUCCGUUACCUGCGCGGCCUCGAAAGCCAAGUAUCGGAGCUCAAGGCCAAGUUAGGUGCAAUGGCAGGCAGCAGCUCCCAGGCAGAGUAG